AUGCAGACUGCUUCUACAAACAUUUGUGAAAGACUGUGCAUUAAGUCCAUCUAUAAAAUUGCCUUGCUACUAAAUAUUCCACGGUCAACUGUUAGUGGUAUUAUAACAACGUGGAAGCAACUGGGAAAAACAGAAACUCAGCCACGAAGUGGUAGGCCACAUAAAAUGAUAGAGUGGGGUCAGCGCAUGCUGAAGAGCACAGUGCACAAAGUAGCCAACUGUCUGCAGAGUCAAUAGCUAAAGACCUCCAACUUUUUUUUCCAUAACCGAGCAGCUGCAUCCAAGCCUUACAUUGCAAAAGUGCAAUGCAAAGCUUCGGAUGCCGUGGUGUAAAGCACACCGCCACUGAACUUUAAAGCAGUGGAGCCA